AAACCGCCUUCCACCAGCAUAUAUACAGCCGAAACUUUCGCCAUUUAUGAAGCAUUAAAAAUUGUAUCAUCUUCAAACCCGGAAAAGUGCAGCAUUAUCAUCAGUGACUCUCUGAGUGCCCUCUUAUCAUUAUCUAACCCCUAUUCAAAAAACGAGCUCGUCCAACAUAUCCAGAAACUAGUAUCUGAAAUAAAUAGACCAACAAGCUUCAUGUGGGUCCCCUCUCACAUUGGGAUACCCGGAAAUGAGAAAGCUGACUCUAUAGCCUAUGAAGCCACCACAUCUCCUUCCUCCACAAAGAUAAGUACACUUACCUCAUCUGAAAAUUACAACAUUAUACAUCAUAAAUUAAUGGAAGAUUGGCAAAAAUUCUGGUCUAACCUACCCCUCUCUAACAAACUGAGAAAUGUAAAAUUAUACAUUAAAAAAUUAAAAUACCCUCCUAACACUAAACGAAGAGAUGAAGUAAAUAUUACUCGAGCUAAAAUAGGCCACUCACAUUUAACUCAUGCUUAUCUCAUAAGAAAAGAACCAGCCCCAGUAUGCGAUACUUGCAAUGAGAUACUCACAUUUGAACACAUCAUCAUAAAUUGCACCAAAUACACCGAAGCCCGCAAGAUCCUCAAAAACCCCACCUCACUCCAUCAAGCACUCAAUGAAGAAAAUACGGACGCAAUCAAUGUAUUCUUCCAUAAUAUAAACAUAAGUCACAAAUUGUAA